UGUAAACAGUGGCAGAUUCAAAGCUCGGGAGAGCCACAAUUCGACCUCUUUUGAACGAACGUCGAAGCUAGCAACGUCWACAUUGUAUAUCGCAACUUUAUUUGUUUUAAAAUGGUUCGAUCGCAGCGAAACCGAACAUCCAAAAGGAAUGAUGCAGCUAGAAAUCCUUCUCCGGAAGGAAACCUAGGAGAACCUUCUUGUUCUACUCCGAAUACGAGCCAAACUCGAGUAGUUUCUACAUUGACCGAAUCACCGGAAACACUUCAAAGAACGGUUGGCAGUGGUUGUAGCCGCAGACUCCCUAUCCCCAUAACGCCAGAAUCGAGUGUUGCUUCUGGAUCGGCUAGCCCAGAACCAAGCGAGUUACGUGUGGAAGAAGUAACCACCGAUGAAAGCUCAAURCCACUCGACGAUUAUGCUGACUUCAAGGCAUAUCAAACAGCCUUCAAUGACAAGUUGUGGGCGUACAUCACAGACAAAGAAAAGGCCAUCAGCAACCACAAGACUGGAAAGAAGGAGCCUUUACCAUUAAAGCUAACGGAAGAUGUAAGAGCAGUCUACAAAGACAGAGAGGUAGCUGUGAACAAACACUUGGAAGAUUUGCAACUUUGGGAUUUCGAAAAAAGAUUUGAUUCACAAKAGAACGAAACUGUGAAUAUAGCAAUAUCAAGAGGGGUUGCAAAUACUGCAAAUUAUUCGACAGCAUUGAUAAGAGAUGCAAUAAGAACUCACUUCAAAACAAGAAGAAGAAGAUGGUUAUUGAGGAAAGAAAAAAAAGACCAAGAUUACCUUAAAUCUCAAAGAAAGAGAAGCAGACUCAAUACUGUAAGUAAUACAAAAGAAUUUGGACUAUUUUGCUUUGACUUAGAGAAAUAAUGUAGGGUAUUAUAAGUGUACCAAACAAUGUUGGGCAUCAAAACUCAAGUAGACACUAAAUGAGUCAAGUUGUUUCUUGCUGACUUUUUACAUGCACAGAAACUAAUCAAACAUACAGUUGAGGGCCAAAAUUGUUUAGGGCAAAUUGCAUGGUAUAUCUAUAUAUCUCAUUACUUUCAGUUU